ACGGAACGAAGCGGACGCAAGGCGAAAGAUACAGAUACUUUUCGGGGAAGAGAUACUUCUUCGUAUUCGUGCGUGUUUCGUUUUCGUUUCGUCGAGAGAAAUUGCACAAAUUGACGGAAUUGCACACCAUCGAGCGGAAAAUCGGUUCAGUGCUUUCGCAGAUCGAAAAGUGCAAUUGGUGUGUGCGAGUGUGUGUGUGUGAGUGUCACCUAAAAGAGAGAUAACGUCGAAAAAUAAAGAAAAAAACCUGUGAAAGCAAAACUAAAAUAUGCUUAAACUACGGUUUAACCAAAUUGCCAACUAGCCAAAAGUAACCAGCACACCGAAAAUAGCCAACAAAUCAAAAGAGAGAAGCAACCGGAAAAAGCCCACCCCAAAAACCUAUAGACCUUCCAAUGGGCCAUUAUCUCAGCAAGCCCUCUGUACGCGCCAAUAGCCAGGAUAAGAGCGAUCUGCCCGCGAGUUCGAGCCCCAGGGAAUCCGCAGCACUAGUGGAGACGACGAUCGGUCUGGACGAGGAGGAGCUGGAAGAGAUCAUCACGGAGGCCACGUCCGUCACAUCGCCGGCGGAAGUGCGUCAGAUCAUAAUUAAAAUCCAGUUGGCCAAAAUGGAGAACGGCAAUGCAGCGGGUCAGGUGGCAAGUCACCUGGAGGAGGACGUGGUGCAGGUGGAGGGUGCCACAGACGCCUCGGUGUCUGCGGACACGCUAAAUGCAAAUGGGCAGAUUGUGAAUGUGACGCUGGAGGGCGGCAAUGGGGAAGUGGGCGUGGUGACGAAUCGAACUGCUGGCAGUUCGACGGAAGCGCCCAAAAACGAAAGACAGCCCGUGAAUAAUAACAAUUUAGCGGGAAGCGUCGGCGCUGCGAUAAGUUCGUUACAAUUGCACGACGGCAACAGCAACAGCAGUCCCAGCAGCAACAUCAGGCCCAUCAGCAACACCAACUACCCUGUGAAAGACGACGACGACGACGAUUUCGAUGAGUCGCUGCUGCGUCGGCGUCGCAGCAACAGCAACAGCAACAGCAACAUCCACCAAAACCACGAGGCCGAAGUCGUCGAGUAUUGCGAAGUGCUCGAGUCGCUGCCAGUCAGCAAUAUGUUGUCGGCGGGAACGCAACACACUAGCAAGCCAGUUUCCAGAAGCAAUAAUAGCAACAGUUGCUGCCGGAGUCGCAGCAGUAAGACACUAUCCAUGGGCGCGACAACAUCCUCAACAUCCUCAUCCGCCGGAUCCGCAUCCGGAUCCUCGAAGCGGCGAUGCUGCAAGUGCAAGUGCCGCGAUGCCUUCCGAGGACUGAGGGACAUGCUGCCGAGCAGCAAUUCAGUGAGCAAUAAGAAGGACUCCGGGGCGGUGGCGACGGUACCGCGUAAAUCCCGGACAGCGGAUCGCCGCUCCACCCCGCCCACUUUGGGCUCAUCGAGUGGGACCUCCCAGCAUCGGAUGCAGAGCCAAAGGAAGAGGAAUUCCGUGGCCGUUUCGGAUGCGAGUCAUCACCAUCACCAGGUGAUCAUCAGGAUAACGUCGCCACGCUUUGUGGUCGAGUCGCCCAAUGGCAACCGGGUCACAGUGGUCACCGAGUCCGCCGCCCCCCAACCGCCUCAGACUCCGCCCCAGCCACGCCCCCCCACGUCGGCACCCGCCCCCGGAAUACCAGGCGUAUUGGGCAAUCCCGCACUCGGAGGUCGCAACAUGACCGUACACUCGCAAAUCGAUUUCAUGCACUGCCUGGUUCCAGAUCUGGAGAAGAUCACGAAUAGCAGCUUCUACUGGGGCAAGAUGGAUCGCUAUGAGGCGGAGCACCUGCUGGAGGGCAAGCCCGAGGGCACCUUCCUGCUCCGCGACUCCGCCCAGGAGGAGUUCCUCUUCUCGGUCACAUUCCGUAAAUACGGCAGAUCCCUGCACGCCCGCAUCGAGCAGAGCGGCCACAAGUUCAGCUUCGACUGCCAUGAUCCGUGUGUGUUCACGGCGCCCACGGUGACGGGACUGCUGGAGCACUACAAGGACCCCGCCUGCGUGAUGUUCUUCGAGCCCUGCCUGACGAUGCCCCUCCACCGGAGACAGACCUUCUCCCUGCAGCAGUUGUCCCGGGCCACCAUCGUCACCAACACCAGCUACGAUGGCAUCAACCAGCUGGAGCUGCCCGGCCGGCUGAAGAGCUACCUCAAGGAGUACCACUACAAGCAGAAGCUGCGCGUCAAGCCCAUCGAUCAGAACACACCGGUGCCGUACUACGGCGAUGUAUAGCGGGAGGAGCAGCAGGUGGGCUUCACCUACUACGAGGAUGUGGAGAGUGGCAGCGAGGAGGACGAGGACGACGACGAGGGGGUGAUACGGGUCUCGUAUGUUCAGCAUGCCGAGGUGGUGGCCCAGCUGCAGCAGGUCACCACGGCGCCAGGAGGAGCUUCUGGCAGAUCCGGCAAUCUUCAGGAGCAACUUAGCCGGCUGCCAAAUCGCAUGGUCGCCGCCUUUGGCCGGAUGUCGGCCAAUCUGAAUUGCUACCAGAAGACUGUCUCCACACCGGAGCAUCGCUCCUCCUGAUGGACACGAAGUAGCCGCAGAAGGAACUGCUACCCCCCAGAAACCAAAACUCAACCAGAGACAAUCCCAGUGCAGCGCGUGCCGCCACCAUAAAGUUAUAGAUCAAACGGAAGCCAUAAGCUACAAAGGCCCCAAAACGAAAAUCGCUUACUUGCUAAAAAGACUGUCAUGGCUCGAAAAACUCACAAUCUUACCAUCUCCAUUUGAGAAUUAAAUGUAUCGGUUACAUCUCAUUAUAAAGAAAGUAAAUUGUAUUGAUAUUCUGAAUUGUGACCUUCUUGUUAGUAAGUCAGCGAAUUGUAGAAUCAAAAUCGCAUCUAGCUAAUUGUACUAUAAACUAAGUAUUAUUACCUAAAGCAAAAACCCUCUCCUACAACCAUAAGCAUUGCAAAAUGGAAAGCCCAUCGAGCUUUUGGUUUUCGCAAGUAUUCUUGUAAUAUUCUGUUGUAUUUAUUUUAAAGUAUGGAAUCUAAAUUAUGUGUAAAUAUGAUCUACAAAAUACAGCCUAGUUAGUGUUAAACUCUCUCAUUAGCCAAAUUUCCAAAUGUAAUUUUCACCUAUUUAUAGUUAUACUUUAUUUAUUUAUUCGAAGUGAUUUCGUUUCCAAGCGAGUGCUUUGUUUUUACAACAACUAUCAGUUAUACACGUGUAGAGCAUUUGUAAAUAUUACCAAUUUUCGCAUAAGCUAUAGCUAUACUAAAUAUAAUGAAUUAUAAAUCAUGUAUUCCUACCUAGGUGGUUGCUGUUAUUCGUAAACAUUCAAUAAGCAGUUGUUUCCAGGACCUAUUUAAUGUAUUUUACAUAUCCAAAAUGUUGAUGAGCAUGAGUAUCAACAUUCAAAAAACAAAAAAUUAAAAAAGGAAGCCAAACAAAUAAAGUUGAAAAAGAUAUUAGCAAGAGA